AUGGCCGAGGGGUUGUUACUGAAUAUAGAAAAGAACACACGAUGUAAUGUUAUUGGCAGAACCCAGACGGCAGAGAGAGAGAGAGAGAGAGAGAGAGAGAGAGAGAGAGAGAGAGAGAGAGAGAGAGAGAGAGAGAGAUUCCCGGCCAAGGCGUAUGUGACUUUGGUUGGCGGUCACCAAGCCGGAAAGCCGAAAAUGGAGUCGAAAGAACCUGAUCAAAGUACGCCAUGCGACGAAAUAAAGAUUCCAUUUUGUGAGCCUUGCAAGGAAUCCAAAAGCUACUUCAAAGCUACGAAGUAUUGCAAAGAUUGUGAAGAGUACCUUUGCGAGGAAUGCACCUGUAAUCAUCAAAAACAGACGAUGACCAUGGUACAUGAUACAACCGAUGCUAUUGAAAAGUUGGAGGGCGACAUUUAUUGCGGACCAUCUAAAGAAAGAACCCCUAAAAAUACUGCUCAGAUGUUUUGUUCGACUUGUGAGGAAUACAGGGGCAUAAAAGAAAAGGCCAGCGCCUUCUGCCUUGACUGCGACCGCAAACUUCUUUGCUCGAAAUGCACGGAGAGUCACAAAGUUAGGAGGAAAACACAAGCCCAUAAUGUGGUAAUGGACUUGGAGAAGCUUGAGGUAGAUAGAGAAAAUGAAGAAGAAGAACUUAGCGUCCAGCUCGAGCAGACGCUAUAUUGUCGAGCCCAAGCCUCGCCAAAAGAAAAAGAUGAGUACACCCGGCCGGGAAAGCCUGUAUUAAUUGAGGCAGGUUCGGAUUUCAUCGUUUUAUCGUGGGAUCCGCCAGCGAACUUUCAGGAUGGAAAUUACUACCAAGUUUCAAUGAAAGAUGUCGAUCAACACAGCAAAUGGAAGUUUUAUAACAAAGAGUUCACUACCGCAAGUGAUAAAAUAGAAAAUAUCAAGUCCAACGCGAAGUUUGUAUUUAGAGUCCGAGUUGUCCACAAGCAUGGGGAAGGAUUAUACAGUACAGAAAGCGACUUGAUUAUAACAUUUCCAUCCCCAGCGUCGCGAAUAGUUGAUUUUUCUAGAAAAGUGGACGGCCAAAACCCUACAACAUAUGCUUUACCCGUAGCUGAAAACAGAACGGCGCGAGAUGAGACAGUCAAAUCAAGACAAUUUUUGCUCGGAUCGCCACCAUUAGUUGCGACAAAAGAAAAAAAAACGAUAAUGCUUUUUGGAGCAUUGGGAACUGGAAAAAGCACUAUGGUUGACGGGUUUGUAAACUAUACACUUGGCGUAAAUUGGGAUGACCCUUUCCGAUACACAACCGUUGACUUUGAUGAAGAAAAAAAGCAGAGGGAAACUAACCAGGCACUUUCGCAAACAGAAUGGAUAACUCGGUAUACCAUUUUCCCGGAGAAGGGUAGCAGAGUGCCCUACUGCUUGAAUAUAAUUGAUACCCCAGGGCUUGGAGACAUCAGAGGGAUUAAAAGAGAUCAGGAGAUAGUUAAACAAAUUCGACAAUUCUUUUCUGCAAAAGUCCCAAAGGGAGUCUGUGAUAUAGAUGCAAUUUGCUUUCUGAUAAAGGCGUCUGAUUAUCGUUUAACGGCUGUCCAAAGCUACAUUUUUCAGUUGAUUAUGUCGCUUUUCGGAAACGACGUUGAAGGCAACAUUUGCUCCUUUAUAACAUUUGCAGACGGAAUUGAUCCCCCAGUUCUUCCAGCCCUGAAGGAAACCAACCUUUCAUUUGGAGAGUAUUUUACCUUCAAUAACUCUUGCCUAUUUGCGAGUAAUGCAAGCCACUUAAGCUUUGCGCCAUUGUUUUGGGAUAUAUGGAUCAAAAGCUUUCAGCACUUCUUUUCUCAUCUAGAGAAAGGAAAACCGAAAAGUCUUCAACUGACAAAUGAUGUCCUUGACGUAAGAUUUAGGCUUGAACAAACCAUGAAUAAUUUACAACCACAGCUUGAAGCUGCCCUUCUUAAAGUCAACCAAUUGAAAGAAGAGAUUGCAAUAAUGGAUAAAAACAAGUCAAUUUUGAAAGAGAAUGCGAAUUUUACAUACGUAGUUGUUCAGACUCAGCAAAAGAGAAGGGAACUGCCAGCGGGUAAACAUGCUACCAAUUGCACCAACUGUUAUUUUACUUGCCACGAAAUUUGUGGCAUUCCAGAUGACGGCAGUAAGAAAGAUUGCACAGUUAUGGACAGAAAUGGUACCUGCACGGUUUGUCCAAACAAAUGCCAUUGGGACAAGCAUUCUAACGCACCGUACACAUUUGACUACGCCACUGUCGAGGUAGAGAGAAACUUCGGUGAAAUGCAAAAAAAGUAUCAAGAGGCUGCAGGCAAGUUGCUGACUCAAGAGCAGAUUAUCGAGAAAAUGGUUAAAGAGCUUGAUGACAUGAUCGGUUACAUUGAAUGUCGUAUGACUAUAGUGAACGAGUUUAAUGAACGACUGAGCGCAAAUGCAUUAAGGCCGAACCCUUUGCUAAUGACUCAACAUAUUGAACUGUUGAUUGAAAAUGAAAAGCUUCUGAAGAAGGACGGAUUCCUUGAGAGAAUCCACACAUUGAACGAAUCAAGAAAGACAACGCUGAUUAUGUCAGAUGCCAAGGCGUGUAUGCAAGAGGUACAAACAAGCAUGCGCAAUUUAGGGGUAAUGAAGAAACUCAAAGCAUCGGAAGUCAUGAAAUAAAUCUGUACCUGGGUCAACCAAAAUAUACAAUAUAUGUCUAAAGAGUGUGGCUCAGUCAAAGACAACAUUUACCGGGUGGUGGUAAAGUCAGCAAAGGAAAACAGAGAAAUGGUUAUUGAAGACAGAAUACGUAGUAGAUGGUCCGGGUGUCUGCAUUUGAUACUUAAUUCUAUAAAUCAGAUUGUAGUGUUUUUUUUUCCUCAUUUUUUGUUAAAGAGCACAAAUUUAAGGGGAACAUGUAGUUUGCCUCGUUAAUUUGUUAUAUAUCACAUUCUGUGAAUGAUUUAGUGUUGACGGAUAAAAGGGACCAAAAGUCCAAAUUUGCAGUGAUUUAUGUUUUGUUAUUCUUAUCUGCUUUAUAUGAACAAUUCUUAUUGUCGUUAUUUGUUUUAUUGUUAUUUUAUGAUACCAAAAUAGUUAAGUACGAUAACGAACUAUAAAAACUAAGGAUGAUUUUUUAAAUAUGUCUUUCAAGUUUAUUAGGCGAAAACAUAGCAAAUAAAAGAAAUUGUCUUAUAUAAGCAAAAAACUUCGUCGCCACAGACUUUUAAAAAAUACUUUGCUUUGAACAAAACACACUAAUAUAUAUAUUGUUUCUGUUUAUACUGUUUAAUUAUAUAACUACAGUUAGAAGUAAUCAUAUAUGUUGUUAUUUCUCUAACAACGAGUCCAUACAUUUUAUAACAGUAUUAUGAUUGAUUGAAAUAUUCAUGUCUUCUUUACUUAGGCAUAUCAUUACUUACAUUUCAUUCAACUCUGCAAAUAAGAUCGUAGUUUUCAUUUCUGUUUUUAUUAAGGAAUACAUUUUUUAAACAGAUGCUUCGAUCACUAUUUUGUUCAAAUAGUGCAACAUCUAUGUAUUAUCCUGAUGCUAUUUUUAAGUUGUUUUUUACAUAUUCUAUAUACAAAUGAAGUAAGAGGAAUAAUGUUAAGCGAAAGAUGUAAACAUAUUGUAAUAUGGGUUUGGUUUUUUACAAAUAUUGAUCAUUUGUUAUUGAAAUCAUUCUGUGUAUCAUUGCAGUGCUGUUGUACACAAAAAACUUAUUUUGUAGUGAUUUUUGUACAGGUAUUUAAACAUUUAAACUUGAUAGCUUAAGAUAAGGAAACAUUCGUGUACGACUUCAAAAGUUUGAACACUUCUUUGACUCAUUUUAUGUUUUAUUUUCAAAGAUAUAGCCUGUUUUGUGUUGGGUAUCUUCAUUUUGUGUGAUUUCAUUUUCAGACAUUCUGGUGAAGAUUAAUAUAUGUAGUAUUGGAUGGCAUCAUUUUGCAUGUUUAGAUGAUAAACGAAAGGAUAUGGUGCUGAUUACCCCAAAGGUGUCCCCCUCACAUGCAUAUUUACUCUACAGUUUAUUCAUCAUUCAAACAUCAUUUUGCAUGUUUUGGUAAUGAUUUAUAUUAAUCCUUCUAAUUAAAAUGUGUUUGCAAUUUCUUUUAUCCAUAUACCUUUAUUUAAAAGUAUAUAGCACAAGUAUAUAACCAUAUGUGUGUGUCAAUGAAUAUUUGCUUUGUUAGUAAUUCGAAAUCCGUAAUUUGUGUAUUAUGAUUAAGCUAUAUAACCAUCUUGUGAGUUUCACAUUACUGUAAAACCAAGGUCCCUCUGAAUUUGUCUUUUUAUAAAAAAGGUUAAAUGAGAUUUGUAGGCAAUAUCUCGCUACUGACACCGUAACAAUAGUUUUGAUGAAUUCUGAAAAUCAGAUUUUAUAGAGAGAGGUUCAUUUUAUUAUGGCUUUGUCUACGCAAAAUCAAAAUGUUAGAGCAUUUGAACUAUUCAUUUUUAAUGAGAAAUGCAAUAACUUUUUGUCAAAUGUCCAAAAUUAAGAUAUCAUUAAAGUUUCAAGGCAUUUGGUUAAUCUGAUUUGGAGAAGUUUUGAAAUUUUAUUGUGCCAUUCAAAAUGGAGGCUGUAUUCACAAUACAAAAUUCCCUUUCAUAACAAGAUAUUUGCCAUAACAAGCAGGAUCAGGGUUAGUUUAGCCAAACUUGAUAAAGUUUAAAUAAAAACACAUUUUUGAUCGCUAAAACACCUUGGUUCGACAUCAUGUGAAAAACACAAUAAUGACAACCAGCGUUUUGUAUGAAUGACUGUAUCAUGUUUAUUUUAUUUUAAUGACUGCUAGUUUCAUGAGUACUUAAUUCCACAUAGUAUUCGCCUUCUUUGUGUUAUUGGAGUUUUCUUAUUUCUACUAAUAUGUUUUUGAACGUAUUUAACAGAAGGCAAACGCUGUAUAAUAGUUUUGAAUAAACAUGAACAGGUCAAAAAAGCCAUACAUAAGUUUGUUCAAAAUAUGUUGUAAUAUUUUAUAGAUCUGAUUAAAAACAUAUAAAAAGCAACAACAAAAUAAUUUGUUCUAGAAGUGCUCUUGACAACCCAUAUAAUGUAUAUAUAAAUAUAUUUGCAUUGACUACUUAAAAAACGUUUAGCUUGGAACUUAGCACAUUGAAACAUUGUAUUGUUUAUUUCUUUCUAACAGCUGCGAACAUAUUUGAACAAAUUCGUCUUGUGACGGCGACAGCCUAUGCAGUUGUAUUCAUUUUAAGUGAUGCGUUAAAACAAUGUUUGAGAGAUAAGUUAGAUUAGGAACAUUGAUGAACUAACUGUUAGUUUUUUCUCUUAAAUGAACAAAUGCAUGUUCUUGUCAAAUAUUCAAACAGCUUAAGUCGCUAAUCUCAGAAGUUUGUAUGCACAUGGAAUGUUUGUUUUAAUAAAAGAAAAAAAAUC